CCAGAUUUUAUCAGGGCGCGGUGGGGCGGCCGCCCUGGACCCCUUCCCCUUCGCGGCUGGUGGGCAGCGCCGUUUGGCUCAUGGCAGACCUGGUGCGCACAGUGGAUGGCGACCUCGCGGAGGAGGACCAGGCCAGCGCCGAGGAGGACGAGGGGCCCGUGCUGGCCAAGAGGAAGGGGUCCACGGGACUCUUCAGCGACCUUGUCAGCGAGGACGAGGCCGACGAGGAGGGCCAGGGCGGGCAGGACUGGGACUUCGACUCCCACCAGGUGAUGGAGGACUCCAACGCCGCGGCCGGGUCCCAGGGCGGCCUGGCGGCCAAGAUCAAGGCGCGGCUCGAGGAGAGAGCUGAAGAGGGCGCUGACGCAGGCGCCGGCGCGGCGGAGGCGACAGGUGCGGCUGCGCCGGAUGCGGCGCCAGAGGCGACGCGCAGGAAAAAACCCGCCGUCGCCGAGGUGGACGACAGUCACCUGCGCACUGGCAUCUGCUUCGCGGAUCUUCGGCUGUCGCGCCCGCUGCUGCGCGCCGUGGCGGACAAGCGCUUCGAGACGCCGACGCCGAUACAGAGGGACGUGAUCCCCCCUGCCCUGCGCGGGCUCGACGUGUUGGCCACCGCGGAGACUGGCUCGGGCAAGACGGCGUCGUUCUUGUUGCCUGCCCUGGAG